ACACGCGCUGAGAAAGUUCAGCAUGCAGGAAGUUUGGGGAGAGCUCGGAGAGUAGCACGGCGGCCCGGGCCAGCGCGCGGGGCGAGCGCAGGGGCAAGAGCGCAGGGCGGCGCGGCGUCCGUCCCGGGAGCGGAACCCGGCUUUUUCUUGGAGCGCCUCUGUCCCUAGGUCGCUGAUCCCAAAUGCACCGGCUCAUCUUCGUCUACACUGUAGUCUGCGCAAACUUUUGCUGCUAUCGGGACACUUCUGCAACUCCGCAGAGCGCAUCCAUCAAAGCUUUGCGCAACGCCAACCUCAGGCGAGAUGAGAGCAAUCACCUCACAGACUUGUACCGAAGAGAUGAAACCAUCCAGGUGACAGGAAACGGCCAUGUGCAGAGUCCUCGCUUCCCGAACAGCUACCCCAGGAAUCUGCUUCUGACCUGGCGGCUCCAUUCCCAGGAGAAAACAAGGAUACAGCUUGCGUUUGACAAUCAGUUUGGAUUAGAGGAAGCAGAAAAUGAUAUCUGUAGGUAUGAUUUUGUGGAAGUCGAAGAUAUAUCUGAAACCAGUACCAUUAUUAGAGGACGAUGGUGUGGACACAAGGAAGUUCCUCCAAGGAUAACAUCAAGAACAAACCAAAUUAAAAUAACAUUCAAGUCCGAUGACUACUUUGUGGCUAAACCCGGAUUCAAGAUUUAUUACUCUUUUGUGGAAGAUUUCCAACCGGCAGCAGACUCAGAAACCAACUGGGAAUCAGUGACAAGCUCUAUCUCAGAGGUAGCCUAUCACUCUCUAUCAGUAACGGAUCCCAAUCUCACGGCGGAUGCUCUGGACAAAACAAUUGCAGAAUUUGAUACUGUGGAAGAUCUGCUCAAGCACUUCCACCCAGAUUCGUGGCAAGAAGAUCUGGAGAAUUUGUAUCUGGACACGCCUCAUCAUCGAGGCAGGUCAUACCAUGACCGGAAGUCAAAAGUUGACCUGGACAGGCUCAAUGAUGACGUCAAGCGUUACAGUUGCACUCCCAGAAACUACUCCGUCAAUUUAAGAGAAGAGCUAAAGCUGACCAAUGUGGUCUUCUUCCCACGUUGCCUCCUCGUGCAGCGCUGUGGAGGAAAUUGUGGCUGUGGAACUGUCAACUGGAAGUCCUGCACGUGCAAUUCAGGAAAAACUGUAAAAAAGUAUCAUGAGGUAUUAAGGUUUGAGCCUGGCAGCUUCAAGAGGCGGGGCAGAGCUAAGAACAUGGCUCUCGUUGACAUCCAGUUGGAUCACCAUGAGCGGUGCGAUUGUAUCUGCAGCUCAAGACCACCUCGAUAAAAUAAUGUGCACAUAUGUACGUUAAGCAUGAAAGAACCUUUAGUUUAAGGAGAAUGUGAUGAGACCCUUUUCCCACCAGCAGCCUAAGUAACUACUAGCCUGCAAUGCAAUGAACACAAGUGGUUGCUGGUUUCAACCUAGCCUUGUUAGUGCUAUGACAAGUAGAAAGGUUAAUCAUCAAGUUCUAUAUCCAAGACUAUAGAAUUGCAUUUAAUAAUAGUGUCUGAGAGGAUAUAUAUACACACACAUAUAUAUAUAUAUCUCCAUGUCUGUGUGUAAAUAGAUUAAAUGGUUUAUUCAGUAUAUAUCACCAGGUGCAGCAGAGCUUACAUAUGGUUGAGUGAUGUAAACCAUUAAAAUGUUUUGACAAAAUAAGGGACAGGUCAAAACAUGUCUUUAGAAAAUUAAGAUGACGACUUUGCUUAUUUUUCAAUUUUGAGUCAUGAAACAAUUUUGGGUUUUGCUCUCUUAAAGAAAGUAUCUUGUACAUUAAAAACCAAAAGAUGAGCUUUUCUUAUGUAUACAUCUUCAUUGAUUACUUUAAAAAAAAAAAAAAGGAAAAAUAUGGUUCUGGGAAAAAGGUAAAUACCUAACCAUGAUAAUAUAGGUGCUUUGGAAACUAAAUCCUUAAGUUUUCUUUCUAUGCAUGUUGCUGAAGCAUGUUAAUUCAUUUAACACCUGUCCCAAAAGAAUUACUCAGAAGGUUUGUUAUUAUCCUACAAGAGACAAUUUAUAAGCUGUAGAAGAAUUUUGAAUUUUUUUUUUCCUAAACCCGUCCACAAAAGCAAAUCCUUUUGAGGAUGGUGGAGGGGGGGAUUCUGUAUUAACCUUUCAAAAUGGUGUUCACUGGAAGAUUUGGGCUGUUGAAAGUCAAAAAAGUGAGCAUUGAAACAUUGACAUAACUGGAAAUUAGAGUAUUUGAUAUGAUCUAUAUUUAAUAAUGGAUUCAAGCUCUCCAAACUGUGCCAAUUAAUUUUAUGUAUCUUGCUAUUGUGUUCCUGUAUCUUCAAUACAUAGACAUGGAUUUACAAUGGCAUUUUAUAUUUAGCAAGCCAUCAUGGAUUAUUUAUAGCCUAAAAGCUUUUGUGUAUUACUAAAACAACCAAAUUUUAUCGAUGUAAAUUCCUAAUCACAUAUUCACUCCCCAUUCUGAAUUCCUGUUUCUGAACCAAGUGAAAUCAGAUCUGGGGGACUUUGUUCUUUCUAAAUCUAUGGAGCUCAUUCUAAGAAGCCAACUGUAAAUUGUGGGAGCACAAGUUUGUCCCUGAUCUCCCACUAGAAAACUGUUCUGCAUUGGUUAUUGGCAUUUAGAUUAAAUUUUCCUCCCUGGCUCCUUCAUGUUUAUUUUAAAGGAGACUGACUCCAGGAGUAGGAAGUGAUUCAUCAUUCCCCAAAGCAAGAUGCUUACGAGAGCAAUGCUGAAAUCAAGAUAGCUCAUGGGCUGCUCACAGAGAACUGCAUUUUUCUUCCUGCCUUGAAAGUAAAAAGGAAAGCCGAUUUCUUCUGUGAGUCCAGGGCCCUACUGACUAGCUAGUUUGUGUGGGAGGUAUGUGACUGGGCUGGUUAAGUCCCAGUGUCAGAUGAGUGGCCUAAAUAUACUUGGAUUACUAAGUAUGGUCCGAGUUCUCAACUAUCCUUAAGUAGCUCAUUUCUUUCCAGCUCUUUGAGAAGAAAUGAAACACCUAUGCUUAUUGAAGAUGUAUCUUCCAAAACUUUCCUAAAAGUGUCCAGUGUUUUUAUUCAGGGAGUGAGUGGUAAAAUUAAAUACUCUAUUUUUUUAGUUCUCCAAAAUCCCAGAGCACAAUCAGAAAUAGCUCAGGCAGUCACUAAUAAUCAGGAAUCACUCUUCCCCUACAUGGCCGCUUGCAAGUUUCCUGUGAAAACAUUGGCUUCUUAUACCAAAAUCAAAAUGUGUGUUACAUCACUCUAGUUUGUAUUGCUUACAUCAUAGCUGUAAAUGUGAAAAAUUAGAGUGUUCUACCCAAUUUUCAGUAAACCUUCCAGGCUGCAAUAACCAGAUGGUUUUCAGUUAAAGCCCUAUCUGUACUUCUUAUUUAUUAGCUGAAAUGUAAGCAGGCAUAUUCACUCACUUUUCUUUGUCUUUCUGAGUGUUUUAUUAAAACUUCUCCUGUGGUUAUCUGUUGUCUCUUGCGCUUCCAACAUGUAGCCAAUAAAUCUGUUUCAUUCCAUCAAGAAAUAAAAAGCUCACCAUACAAAUUACAUUUCAAAACAAACCUAAUAAAUUCACAUUUCCGCAUGGCUCACUCUCCUGGAAUAAUGCCUUUCAUUCAAUAUGUUCUUAUAGGGCAGAACACCUCCAUGACCAGAGGUUUUUAUGUUUUUUGGCAUAUCGGUAACAUGCAGCUUUUUCCUCUCAUAGCAUUUUCUACAGCAAAUGUAAUAUGCCUCUUAUCUUCAUGAAAAAUAAAUAUUGCUUUUGAACAAAA